AUGGCCCGGAGCCCCGGGGCGCCGGCCGCCUACGGGGAGGAGUUCUCCUUCGUCAGCCCGCUGGUGAAAUACCUGCUGUUUUUCUUCAACAUGCUUUUUUGGGUGAUUUCCAUGGUGCUGGUGGCUGUGGGAGUGUACGCUUGGCUGAUGAAGCACGCAGAAGCAGCUUUGGCCUGUCUGGCAGUGGACCCUGCUAUCCUACUGAUCGUGGUGGGCGUCCUCAUGUUCCUGCUCACCUUCUGCGGCUGUAUUGGAUCCCUUCGUGAAAACAUUUGCCUCCUGCAGACAUUCUCACUCUGCCUCACCACGGUGUUCCUGCUGCAGCUGGCGGCCGGGAUCCUGGGCUUCCUCUUCUCAGACAAGGCUCGGGGGAAAGUGAGUGAGAUCAUCAAUAAUGCCAUUGUGCACUACCGAGAUGACUUGGACCUGCAGAACCUUAUUGAUUUUGGUCAGAAGAAGUUCAGCUGCUGUGGGGGUAAUUCCUACAAGGACUGGUCCCAGAACAUGUACUUCAACUGUUCAGAAGACAACCCUAGCCGUGAGCGCUGCUCUGUACCUUAUUCCUGUUGCUUGCCUACCCCCAACCAGGCAGUGAUCAACACCAUGUGUGGCCAAGGUAUGCAGGCCCUGGACUACUUGGAGGCUAGUAAAGUCAUCUACACCAAUGGCUGUAUUGACAAACUGGUCAACUGGAUACACAGCAACCUCUUCUUACUCGGUGGUGUAGCACUGGGACUGGCCAUCCCCCAGCUCGCAGGAAUCUUGCUGUCCCAGGUCCUCGUGAAUCAGAUCAAAGGUCAGAUCAAACUACAGCUCUACAACCAGCAGCACCGGGCUGACCCGUGGUACUGA